CUGAUAAUUCUAUCACUAAGUUUAGCCAUGGCAGCUUCAAUUUCUGCUCUAGCUUUUGUUACACUUAUUUUUUCUACUACAUUAAUCUCUAUUGAAGCAGCCAAAUCAGGGUUUAGCAUAGACUUAAUUGCUAGAGAUUCACCAAAAUCACCCUUCUACAAUCCUGAUGAAACACCUACUCAGCGUAUUUUGAAUUCGUUCCGUCGAUCAAUAACCCGUGUUAGUCGUUUUAGCCCAACGAAAGAUUCUGAAAUCGCUCCUAGUUCUGCUGAAUCUGAUGUGAUUACAAAUCAAGGUGAGUACUUAAUGACAUUUUCACUUGGAACACCAGCUUUUGAUAUUUUAGCAAUUGCUGAUACAGGCAGUGACCUGAUUUGGACACAAUGUAAGCCUUGCAAUGAUUGUUAUGAGCAAGAUGCUCCACUUUUCGAUCCGAAAGCUUCGAAAACAUACCGAGACUUUUCUUGCAACACAAGUCAAUGCGGUUUAUUAGAAGGUUCAUCAAGUUGUGAUUCUGAUAAAAUCUGUAGUUAUAAUUAUAAUUAUGGAGACAAAUCUUUUAGUAAUGGAAAUAUUGCUUCUGAUGUUAUUACAUUAGGGUCUACUUCAGGUAGGCCUGUCUUGGUUCCCAAGGCUCUGAUUGGCUGCGGGCAUAAUAAUAAAGGUACUUUUAAUUCCAAGGGUUCAGGAAUUGUUGGCCUUGGUGGGGGUAAAAUUUCACUUAUUUCUCAAUUGGGUUCUGAAAUUGAUGGGAAGUUUUCUUACUGUUUAGUCCCUGUUACUUCAAAUUCUACAAAUUCAUCCAAAUUGAAUUUCGGAAGUAACGGAAUUGUGUCCGGACAUGGAGUCCAGUCAACUCCUCUGGUCUCUAAAAAUCCUGACACUUUCUAUUUCCUUACGCUCGAAGCAAUAAGUGUCGGAACCAACAGAAUCGAAUUUCCGGGAUCCUCUUUUGGAGAUUCCGAAGGAAACAUAAUCAUCGACUCUGGAACAACUUUGACAUUGCUUCCUCAGGGUUUUUACUCAGAUUUGUCUUCAGCAGUACAGGAUCAGAUUUCCGCUUCGCCUGUCGACGACCCGAGUGGAAUUCUGAGCCUUUGCUAUAAAAUUGAUGAAGAUCUUAAGAUUCCAGAAAUUACAGUUCAUUUUACGGAUGCAGAUGUGAAAUUGCAGGCUCUGAACACAUUUAUUCAGGUUUCUGAUGAUGUUGUGUGCUUUGCUUUUAAUCCUGUUAGUUCUGGUGCAAUUUUUGGGAACUUGUCACAGAUGAAUUUCUUGGUCGGGUAUGAUCUUGAAGGGAAAACUGUGUCGUUUAAGCCUACUGAUUGCACUAAGAAUUAGUUUAAUGGAUUCUUGUUUGUUC